AUGAUUCCGGUUCUACGACGCCCAACCUCUGUUCCUUUCUCAACAACCCGCCAAGCUCGCAGAAUGAUCCGAAGAAAUAUUACUGUUGAGACAUUACCUCGGCUACCAAUCUUCGAAGCUCUCUCUAAACACAAUCCAAAAAGCAUUGCGAUCGUUCACUCCGAGUCCGGAGAUAAAUUUACAUAUGACAGCCUAUUAUCAGAUACAGCAAAGCUCAAGAGAAAACUACUGGAGAAGGCCAAAGUUGACGAUUUGCAAGAACAGCGAGUGGCGCUUUUUGUAGAGAAUGGGUACAACUAUGUAGUUUCAUUAUUGGGCAUAUUUGCAGCGGGUGGAAUAGCAGUUCCUCUGCACCCCAACCACCCACCCGGAGAACUUCAUUAUGUCGCUAAAAACUCCGCACCGACAUUCAUCCUAACCCAUUCCAAAGCUCAUCAAGCAUUCCCCCCAAGCUCUAGUUCCCCACCAAUCCUCGACCUUUUCGAGCACCCCCCCAACAAACCGCACGAUGCUCCGGCACCGGUAGAUCUUUCCCCAGCACCAGACCCCCUCCGAGGAGCCUUAAUGAUCUAUACCUCUGGCACAACCGGCGCCCCCAAAGGCGUAGUCUCUACCCACAAGAAUCUAACAACCCAAGCAGAAACUCUAGUUACGGCCUGGGAAAUGUGCAAAGAUGACCAUCUCCUACACGUCCUCCCCCUCCACCACGUUCACGGAAUUGUAAAUGCAACCCUAGCUCCGCUCUUUGCCGGCGGAGCAGUAGAAUAUCUAUUCCCCUUCAACGCCCAAAAGAUCUGGUCCCGUUUUGCCGAUACCUCGAGGAGGCCAAUAAGUCUGUUCAUGGCUGUACCAACAAUAUACUCCCGUCUCAUAGACUCAUUCGAGACGUUAUCGGAGCCUACGCGCUCUGCGGGUAGGAAGAAUGUGUCGAAUUUGCGGUUAGCGGUAUCGGGCUCUGCAGCACUGCCGGCGAGUACAAAGCGGAAGUGGGAGUCUCUGGGCGGGAAUCUAUUAGAGCGGUAUGGGAUGACUGAGAUUGGUAUGGCGCUCUCUCAACGCUUACCACUGACCGACCGAAUGGCAAAUUCUGUCGGGUGGCCGCUGCCGGGCGUCGGAGCACGUCUUGUGAGCGAUGGUGUAGAGAUCAAGGAAGUUUGGCAAGAAGGGGAGAUACAAAUCCGCGGUAACAGCGUCUUCCGCGAGUACUGGCAGAAGGAAGAGGCAACGAAAAAGGAGUUUACACAGGAUGGGUGGUUCAAAACUGGAGAUAUAGCGGUGCGCGAUGAGCGGGGGGCGUACUAUAUCAAAGGUAGGACAAGCGUUGAUAUACUUAAAUCCGGCGGCGAGAAAAUAUCCGCCCUAGAAGUCGAACAAGAAUUACUUGAGCUGCCGCAAGUGGCUGAGGCUGUAGUAGUAGGUCUCACAGACGAAAGGUGGGGGCAGAGAGUCGCAGCGGCGCUCGUGCUCACACCGCAGGGCAAAAGCGAAGAAUUUGACUUAGUAAAGAUGAGGGCUGAGAUGAAGAAGCGGGCUGCGGAGUAUAAGGUCCCAAGAGAAAUCAAGAUUUUGGAGGCUAUCCCGAGGAAUCAUAUGGGGAAGGUUAAUAAAAAGGAGAUUGUGAGGGAGGUUUUUGGAGAGGAUGAGCCGUAGUCAUAGACUAUCAUUCGGCACAGUUUUGCCUGGAUUGUUGCAAUAGUGGUUCAGAUAGUCACUAGUAUCGAGUUGAAGUUGGACACUCA